GUCAGAGCCUGAGGAGCAACAGGAGGAGCAUCGCAAAGGGCGGCAGGCAGGGGAAAGGCGGAUGUCUGCGGAGCAAAGAGAGGCUGAGACUGCGCAUGAAGCGGAACAGGAGGAGGAGCAAGAGGAGGGUGAGGCUCGUGCCGAGGAAGCUGAGGGGGAGGAGGCAUCGAGAAGACGCCGACGCCGCCGCAAGCUGAAAGCUCAAGAUUCCGUUCUAGCAACGUUGGACGAGUUUUAG